AAAAAUAAAAUGAAAUUGAGAAAGGGAAAGGGAUACACGGAGGAAAAUUCACAAAACAAGGAACGGGAGGUAGGAAAGAAAGACGAAAUUAGCGUAUUUAUUUAUGAGUUUUGAGUUUCCCUGAUUGAUUUGGGACUGAAAUCAAAUAUCAAAAUUCAAAGGAAAAAAAAAAUAAAACAGGAAAAUAAAAAAAAGUCGUAAGAAGAACCACUUUGCGAUCAAAAUCCCUUGGAAUCUGUACUCUCUCCUCUCUCUCUAUCUCUCUCUCUCUCUCUCUCUCAUCCCAUCGCAAAAACCUCAGUUUCGGGGCUGCCGUUUCGUUGCUAUUCGUCUGUCGUUUCGUGGCUUUCCCUGUCACGACCAGUCUGAUCGCCGGAGAUCAACCUCCGUCCGCCGAUCAACGGCCUCGAUUCGGAAACUCCUCAAUCGGAGGCGUAAUGGUCGCGCCGCCAAUCGGUGCCUUCGGGGGUUUCAUGGCAGUUGUCGGCUGAAAUACCGGGUUCGUUGCGUGUCCGUGUCGUCGGAAUUUCGUAUAUUUCAUGGGCGAUCUUCGGGAUUGGUCGCCUGAACCAAACGGCGUCCUAGUGGAGGAGAGGCCGUCGCCGUCGAAUCAGACGGGGGCGAUUGGUGCUGAGUACUGGAAGAGAGCGGAGGAAGCGACUCAGGGGAUUAUUGCUCAAGUUCAGCCCACCGUCGUGUCGGGGAAGAGGAGGAGAGCGGUUAUCGAUUACGUUCAGAGGCUUAUUAGGGGAUUUCUCGGUUGCGAGGUGUUCCCAUUUGGGUCAGUACCUCUAAAGACAUAUUUACCUGAUGGAGAUAUUGAUUUGACUGCCUUUGGCGGUCUUAAUAUUGAGGAGGCUUUGGCUAACGACGUCUGUUCGGUCCUUGAAAGAGAGGAACAAAACAAGGCUGCAGAAUUUGUUGUGAAGGAUGUGCAAUUGAUCCGGGCAGAGGUUAAGCUUGUGAAAUGUCUUGUACAGAACAUUGUGGUUGAUAUUUCGUUCAAUCAGUUGGGAGGGCUUUGUACAUUAUGCUUUCUUGAGCAGGUUGAUGUCCUUAUUGGCAAAGACCAUCUUUUCAAACGAAGUAUCAUACUUAUUAAGGCUUGGUGCUAUUAUGAGAGCCGUAUUCUUGGUGCUCAUCAUGGUUUGAUUUCUACAUAUGCUUUAGAGACUUUGGUUCUAUAUAUCUUCCAUCGCUUCCACUCAUCCUUGAAUGGCCCUUUAGCGGUAUUGUAUAAAUUUUUGGACUACUUUAGUAACUUUGACUGGGAUAACUACUGCAUUAGCUUGAAUGGUCCAGUACGGAUAUCCUCACUUCCAGAAAUUAUGGCGGGGAUACCUGAAAAUGGUGGUCAUGACCUAUUGCUCACUGAUGAUUUUCUCAAGGGAUGUGCUGAAAUGUUCUCAGCUCCUUCAAGAGGAUAUGAGACAAGCUCUCGAUUAUUCCCUUCAAAGCAUCUAAACAUUGUUGAUCCAUUGAAAGAAAAUAACAACCUUGGGCGCAGUGUGAGCAAAGGAAAUUUUUAUCGAAUAAGGAGUGCUUUCACAUAUGGUGCUCGGAAACUGGGGCACAUUCUUUCCCAGCCUGAAGAGAACAUUGGUGAUGAAAUUCGAAAGUUUUUCUCUAACACAUUGGAAAGGCAUGGAAAGGGGCAAAGGCCUGAUGUUCAAGAUCAUCUCCCUAUGUCUGGACAUGAUGAACUUAGUGCUGCAUCAAUUUUCGGUACAGGGUUGCGAGAAAGUCAGACAGUUUAUGAAAUAGAAUCUUCCUAUUCAGGUGACAUAACCGGCGAAUCUAGUUUGGAUCAUGAAGGAUCGUUGCAGGGUGGAAUCAGUGAUGUUGAGAUAUCGGGGACAGAAGUAAUCUCUGCUAGAUUUGUGAAUGGACCACACACAGAGUCUUUAGAAGCAAUGUCGUCCACAGACUUGUCUAAACGUGACAGUUCUUUAAAUGGGACUAUUGUUUCCGACAAUCGUCUUAAGGGGGAUGCAAAAGACCUUGCUACAUUGAGACUUCAAAGUCUUACUAUUCCAAACGAUGCACCAAAAUCUUCCCCUACUAGUGUUGAGGCAAACACAUCCCCUUUGAAUAAUGCACAUUAUGCGCCUCAUCUAUAUUUUACUCAUUCAUUCAUCAGAAAUGGAGAAAUGAAUGGUUAUCAGCAUAUUGAACAAGCAGAACAUGAUAAAUCUGCAGAGAAUACAGCUGGUGACCAGGAUGAAAACCAGUUGGUGAGAGAUCAUAAGGCUUCGUCUCCAGUUGGAUCAAAGCAACAUCUUUCACGAUUGAGUUCAAUUGCUUUAUCCUCUGAAGACUUUUAUCCAAGUUAUUCUCGUUAUAGGAUGUCUGCUGUUUUAUCGGGAGCUCCUGAUCCUUUCCAAACUUCGUCAGAUCUCAGUGGGGAUUAUGAAAGCCACCUUAGCAGUUUGCAUUAUGGUAGGUGGUGCUACAAAUAUGCAUUAGCUGCAUCUGUUCCUUCCAUCCCGCCUAUUAUUUCCCAGUUUCAGAGCAAGAAAUCAUGGGAGGUAAUACGGCGGUCUGUGCAGCUUAAGCAGAGUGUUUUUUCUCAAAUCAACAAUGGUGUGGUCCCUCAACCGACUUUUUAUUCUAUGAACCCGCCAUUAUUACCUGGUGGCAUAGGAUUUGCGGUGGAGGAGAUGCCAAAGCCACGGGGAACAGGGACAUACUUUCCCAAUAUGAAUCAUUACAGGGAUAGGCCCAUGACACCAAGGGGAAAAAACCAAGCGCCGGUGAGAUCUCCCCGUAACAAUGGCCGUUUGGUAACACUAGCUACAGAAAAUGGUUUUCCUGAGAGAAGCGGUCAUGAUAAUGCACAAGCACAAAUUUUUGCGCAUAAAGGCUAUGGAAAGUCUGGUUCUUCGGAUGACCCCUCUGAUUCCCCUCGGAGGAAGGUCAACUCUAAUGGCAAUGGUGCAAUGCAUCAGCCAGAGCCUUUGGUUGAAUUCGGGUCAAUUGCACAUAUGCCAUCAGAGGCGCCCUUGCUUAGAGGAAGCUGGCAAACAAACACUGGGCUGGCUCUCAUACAAAAUUCGGGCUCAAGCCUUGCCUCACCUGGAACAGAGAAGCUGAAACCUGUGCUGAGUAUGGAUAAAGAUAGGAUUGCUGUACAAUCAUAUGCUUUGAAAGAUGAAGAUGAUUUCCCUCCUUUAUCUGUCUAACCGCAAGAGCGAGUUGAAAUCUGUUUAUUCUGGUUUUAAAAAGGCUUUCGGGUAUUUUGGUGAAUCUAUCAAACCUGCUUGAGCCUAAGCUUCCUUGCCUCAAUAGCUCUCAACCCUUUUGGAAACUCCAUAUGCACUUUGAUAUUCUUCCUCUUAAAAGGGAAACUUUCUGUACAUUUCUGCUAAUUAUUCCGCUCUCACAAGUAUCUUGGCAUCAUUGCUUUACUUUGAGGUGUUGUUUAUAUAUAGGAUGUUUAAUUUUAUGGGUUCCUUCCGGUAUUGUUUUUUGACUGUUACCCUGUAGGUAGAAGUUUGAAACACAACACUUUGUUGCUGUUGACUGACGUAGCUUGUAAUAUUGAUCUUUUGCAGCUUGUAGUAUUAUUUAUAUGAUUUGCAAGUUACAAGUUAAUAUCAACUCGUCCCUUUCUCUUC